GAAAGCAUUCAUUGUGAAAUCGCCACUCAAAAUUGAAACAACGCGGACAAACGGUUGAAGAAACGCAGACCCAGUGCGAAAAGAAUUUCAUAAGCAAAAGUUAAUCGGGUGCUAAACAAAAACACUCGAAAGCAAAGCAAAAGCAACUACAAACAGUGCCAGCUGAAAGUGCCCAAAAAGUGGAAGCCAACGGCUCGAAAAUUACCCAAAACCAAAAGCAAAGUCGCAACCAAACGGAUUACACCCACAACAUGGUCGUCGAGGAGAACUGCAGCAUGCACCACCUGGAGCGUGAACUGGACCUGGAGCUGGACAUCGAUCUGGCCAUGGAGUGUGCUCCCAUCGGACGCACCAUCAAGUCGGCCCUCAUGAGGGCUCAGAGCGAGGCCCGGGUGAUCGUGGGCCUGUCCGCCGCCAUCAACGUGCUUUCCAAGUCGCCGGAGGGAUCCCUCUUUUGCCUGAUGGCCCAGCCCAAGGACGGCGACUCAGCCACCCACAUGCACGAGGUGCUGCUGGAGGCCUUCUGCUACGAGAACGACAUCUAUGUGAUCAAGGUGGACGACGCCACCAAGCUCAGCCGCAUCCUUGGCCAGGACUCCGUGGAGUCGUGCUGCCUGGUCCAGAAGGUCUGGGCCGACGCUCCCGAGGAGCAGCUGACCAAGGCCGAGAACCAGCUAGUCGACUACUGCGAGGCCCACUGGGACGCCCCCCAGCAGCCCAUUGUCCAACUGCCGGCUGUGUAGGCGCGUGUGAGCGGGACAGCCAGAUGUCACAAUAUUGAACGGUCCGCACAGUGGGCCACACACGGUUCAAAUCGCAAACAAACUCUAAACAAACUGGAAACCAGUUGCUGGGGGUUGAUGUCCCCGAACGUCAUGGAGAGUUCCCGAGGGAAUCCGACGUUUCGUGGUGCUGUCCUCAGACAGCACACCGGCACUUGUACACCUACAUAGGAUAUAUACCCUAACUUACUGUAUACCCUAACCUACUGAAAGCAGGAGAUGGAGGCGGGGAGCAGAGAUCGAUAAGCCAUCGCCUUGCCGGAUAAUUGAAACUGAAAGGCGACCUUCGAGGCGGUUGAAACUGCAGCUGAGAUACCCGCGGAAGUCGCACAGAGAGCCUCACGCACACACCCAAGGAGCGCAGCCUCACACUGAAGCGCGUGACCAGCUGCCGAGCCACACAUACACACAUAUACUCGUACAUAUAUAUAGCCAAUUUGUUUCUGUAUAAUUUUUCGCUUUAAGCGUCGAGCAAAUUUACUGAUAAUGACCAUUAUUCUGUACGCCGCAAAUUGUGAAUUACACCUAAAAGGAGAUCGGCCAAUUGCAUGUAUAAAUUAAAGUUUUGUUAUGUUAGCUUUUCCCUUAAGAGAUGAUGAAAACACAAAAAAAUAAUGUUAUGUAGCUUAAGCACAAACAGAAAAUUGAAAAAUUUAAAAAGGUUUUAAAAAAACUUAACAAAAUAAAAAUCUCGUUUAAAAACCAAA